CUUGUGUGCCAUUGUGUGUUUUUGGCGCGCUGUGGCCGGUGCUGUGUGUGUAUGUGCGCAUGUGUGUGUAUGCAUGUGUAUGUGUGGAGGAACUGUGCGAGCAUCGAAGAAGACGUCGGUGGGUGACGUUUGUGCUGCAGGUUAAACAGCAGUAAUAACAUCAGACCUGGUUGGCUUGCAUUGAAACAGGACCGUAGAGGGAUACAUUCCCUUCCUCACUUACUCUUUAAGGUAUCUGUGAGUGGAAAAAGACUUUAAAAACGGUAAUGGGAAAGAAGAACCAGAACCGUGAGGAUGAUGAGGCUUCAUCCUCAGACGAAGAGGAAUAUGUGGUGGAGAAGGUUUUGGACAGGAGGGUCGUAAAAGGCAGAGUGGAGUACUUUCUUAAAUGGAAAGGGUUUACAGACAAGCACAACACAUGGGAGCCAGAGAAAAAUCUCGACUGUCCAGAUCUCAUCGCAGAGUUCAUGAAGACAUACAAAAAGGGCGGCAGCGGCACUAGCACUCCAAGCAGCGGGACCAAACCAUCCAGUGCAACCCCUCCUCGUGCAAAAGAUACCGGCGGUAAGAGGAGAAACUCUGAGGAAGAAGAGGAGGGCGGAAGCAAGCAGAAGCGGAAAAAAGAGGAUGAGAUCCUAGUCGCCAGAGGCUUUGAGAGAGGCCUGGAGCCAGAGAAGAUCAUCGGUGCGACUGAUUCUUGUGGGGACCUUAUGUUUUUAAUGAAAUGGAAAGACUCGGACGAGGCGGACCUCGUGCUCGCAAAGGAGGCCAAUCACAAGUGUCCCCAGAUCGUCAUCGCUUUCUACGAGGAGCGUCUGACUUGGCAUGAGGAUGGCGAGAAGAAGGAGAAGGGUGCUGCAGCCGUGUAAGGGUACAGUCCCCUUCUAGAGACAGACACGAGUGCACUCACAAUCCGUCCUUUGUUAUGGACCAUUUUCAAACCACCACUGGCCUCCUGGCAUUAGAGGUCACUUCCCAGUUUCUUUAGUCUCCUUUCAUCUCCCAUAUGAACGGCAACUCAUUUAUCAAACAAUGUCUCAAGUAUUGAGGGAUGAGUUCAAUGAGUAAUUGAGAACUACGACAAGAGCUUGGGGAAUGGAAGUGUUAGACUGAUGGAAUCAUAUGGAUAGUGUUUUUACCUGCAGAGCUUCACCACCCUCUUUAUCAUGUUUUAAAGUAUUUGUGUCCCAAUGAUUACUUUAAAAAAAAAAAAAAAAAAAAAAUCACCCUGUGUGUGUGUUGACUCAAUAGUUUAGAUUCCAUACAGCAGUUGGUGAAAUGUAUUGAAGACAGCUAAUAUUUUUUAAGUGUUUUAUCAGAGAUUGUUGUUAUGUAUCUGCCGUGCUGGAUUAGUCACACCAUAUUUUUUUCCCGUAAAAAAAAGAAAAAAAAGAAUUGAUGACAUUUCCGGUGUAUUCCUCACAUCAACAAUAAUUCUCUAUCUUGCAAAGAAUGUCCUUAGAAUUUAGGACUGCCUUGACUGUAGAUUUCUUAAAUCUGGAACCUUUUUUACUAGACAUGAAGCAUUUUAUUCUUUUUUUUUUUUUUUUUAAAUAAAGCAUCUCCCCCAAAACAAUAAUGUUAAUUACAAAUCUGAUCAUGCCCAGGAUGUAAACAAACAUUGUUCAUCUUACAAAUGUAUUGGGAGAAACAGGUAUCACUUUUGUUAAUAAUUGUGUUUUACUUUAGGCUUGUGAGGGCAUGAAUCAGUGAUGUUUGUACCCAAGUGCUCCACCUUGUGGCUGUUUUUUGAAGUGUUUUACACUUUUUGUGGCCACCUCCUUCACCCGGAGGCUGUUGUGACCAGACAGAUAGAUAGUCACACCUACUAAUAAAUCAAAUAAAUCAAAGUGAAAUUGGGUGCCACCUGUGUUUGGAGUGAAAACCUGUAGACACACUGGGCUUUUUGUGGAUAUAACAAAAUUCUUUUUUUCUGUCCCUGCUAAGGUUCACUUCUCAAAUUUCCAGCAUGAAGUGAAUCAAAGCUAAACCUGUCUUUAAUAGGGUUAUGAGCUCAGGUGUGUAAUUGUGUUUGUAGAGCCACUGGACAAAUAAAUUCAGCCCAAUAAACUAAAUAAACUUCCUGACUUUCAUUGACAUGACAGAGCUACUGAUUCCGAUAAAAAAAAAAAGAUAAUAGUUCAACCAUGUUGUUUGUGUGUAUGUACGUCAUAGGUUAUAUAGUCAGACACUUGUUUUCUUAGCUUGUAUGUGUGCGAAAUAGGAGGGAACACCCACUCAGAUGGGUUGUGUUAGAUACCGGGGUAAAAGUUUGUAAACAGACUCCAUCAGUUGUGCGUCGGACUGCUAUGACUGAUUAGAUACUGUAACAAAAAAUGUCUGUUUGAAUCCCAGUUUUACUUACUUUUCAGAUUGGACUAUUGCUUACCUGUCAAGGCAGUUGUCUAUAUAUACAGAUACGUAUAAAUAUGUAUCUCAUUUUUAAAUGUAAGCCCUGAGUUUUUUGUUUUGUUUGUCCUGUUAUGUUAUGCAAGUACUUUCCCAUUUCUUUUAUCAUUUCGUCAGAUCUUCAUGUAUGUCCAGAAUACAGUUUCAAUGUCUUUUUACUUAUAGAUUUUUUUAAUGUCUUGUAUCAAAUUGUAGUAAACCUAGUUUUCCACAUGAAUUUGAAAAGUUUUUCAUUUUAACUCCACAAUACUGUCAUGUUUUGAUUUGAUAGUUUAAAGACAGACUUGAAACCAAAACUGUUAUCAUUGAUACAGGUGACUUUUGGUUUGUAAGCUGAAAAACACAGGUUUAAUUUUUCCAGCAGGUGGUGCUACUCAGCUCCACACUUAUUUACAGCUCGACUUUUAACGCAGCCCAUAACAUCACAUCAUAUAAAACUGUUCUAGUGUUGGAUGUUGUUUGUUGAAUUGAUUACUUGUAUUGGUGUAGAGAUCUGUAAAUUUACCUCUUAAACCCAAGCUCGCUAAACGGUGUAGGAAAAAAACAAAACUUGAGUAUGUACACAGAAGGACCAAAAAAUUCAAAGAGUAUGAGCUGUUUAUUAUUAUUAUUAUUAUUAUUUUGGUUUAUUUUUUUGUUUUGUUUUUGUGGAUUUAAUGGAUGCUUUUCUUUAAUUUCUUUUUUUCCCUUUAUUUUAAAAUACACUUUCUUUAUACACACACAGCACACAUGCAGUAGCUAUACGCCAUAACCUAGUGGUACAGCGUUUGACAUUUGGUUUUAAGAUGUUCCUCAUGGUGGCUAUUAUUGAUAUUCUUGGAAAGCAUUUUCUAAUUUAGCCCACACACUGCUUACAUGUGAAUUAUCUUUCCCACAGCUGUGUUUGUAAGUGUAGAAUGUUGCUGCGGACAUUCAGUCAAAACUGUCAAAUCAAAAUAAAGAAAUUAUAAAUACGA